UCAAUCGCGCGCCAAAAUUCGAAAAGCGGAAGCUGCCUGAGGAAGAACGAGUGGACGGGCCGGAAAGGGGUUUGGUCCCUUAAGAGUGCUGAGAUGAGCAGUGAACCCAGAGGAAAAGGUUCUGGGCGAGGAGGAGGUGGUUUUCAGAGAUGGCGAGGAAGAGGAGCAUGGCAAGGGAGAGGGAAAGGACGUGGACAGAGAGGAGAAGGGAAAAGUGCUGCCGGGAAGUCAGAGUCUGCUCUGCCUCAGUUCAUUCAGAUGACUCUGGAUCAGAUUCCUAAUUAUAGAGGCUGGAAACUAUAUUUCUCUGAAGCAUAUGGAAACUCCCCUUUUGUUCAGAAGAUUGAAGCAUUUGAGAAGUUUUUUGUGUCUCGAAUAGAGCUUUAUGAUAAGGAUGAAAUAGAAAGAAAAGGAAGUAUUCUUGUGGAUUAUAAAGAGCUGGCACAUGAUAAAGAAUUAAUGGAAUCAAUGCCUGAUAUUGCUUCUGAAUUAAGAGAUAUGCCACAAAAGAUAUUGGACUGCAUGGGCCUAGCCAUACAUCAGGUGCUAAGCAAAGAUCUUGAAAAACAUGCAGCACAACUUCAGGAACAAGAAGGGCUGUCCAUUGAUGAAGAACCCAUAAUUAAUGUACCGUAUAUUCAUGCAAGGGUGUACAACUAUGACCCACUUACUCAGCUUAGGAAUAUUCGAGCUAAUUGCUAUGGGAAAUUUGUUGCUUUGCGUGGGACUGUGGUGCGUGUCAGUAACAUUAGGCCUAUCUGCACCAAGAUGGCAUUUAUAUGCAGUGCCUGUGGAAAUACUCAGAGUUUCCCUUUACCUGAUGGCAAAUAUACUCUUCCUUCAAAGUGUCCUUUGCCCGAAUGUCAUGGACGAUCAUUCACUGCUGACAGAAGUUCUCCUUAUACAGUUACUGUGGACUGGCAGUCUAUUAAGAUUCAAGAACUCAUGUCCGAUGAUCAGCGAGAAGCGGGAAGAAUUCCUCGAACAAUAGAAUGUGAACUGGCACAGGAUCUUGUAGACAGCUGCGUUCCGGGAGAUGUGAUUACCGUCACAGGCAUUGUCAAAGUGUCAAACACCGAGGAAGGAGCAUCUAGAAAUAAAAAUGAUAAAUGUGUCUUCCUGUUAUACAUCGAAGCAAACUCUAUCAGCAACACAAAAGGACAGAAAUUCAAGGACUAUGAACAUGGAAUAAACCACCAAGCCUGCAUGGAGUUUUCACUUAAAGAUCUUUAUGCUGUCCGGGAAAUACAAGCAGAAGAGAACCUGUUUAAGCUCAUUGUCAAUUCUCUUUGUCCUACUAUCUACGGUCAUGAGAUUGUGAAAGCUGGCUUAGUGUUGGCAUUGUUUGGAGGCUGUCAAAUUAUGGAUGAUAAAAAUCGAAUUCCUAUUCGAGGAGACCCUCAUCCGGUGGUUGGAGAUCCAGGACUGGGGAAGAGUCAGAGUUGCAAGUAUAUAUUCUUUCAAGCUGUAUGCAAUAUUGCACCUCGUGGUGUGUAUGUGUGUGGCAAUGCGACGACUGCAGCUGGUCUGACUGUAACUCUGUCCAGAGACAGUUCUUCUGGAGAUUCUUUGGAAGCUGGUGCCCUUGUGCUUGGAGAUCAAGGUAUUUGUGGAAUAGAUGAGUUUGAUAAGAUGGGUAACCAGCACCAAGCCUUGCUAGAAGCUAUGGAACAGCAAAGCAUCAGCCUCGCCAAGGCUGGUAUUGUUUGCAGUUUGCCAGCGAGGACGUCAAUAAUAGCGGCUGCAAAUCCAGUCGGGGGGCACUACAACAAGGCCAAAACGGUAUCUGAGAAUUUAAAAAUGGGGAGCGCUUUAUUGUCGCGAUUUGACCUGGUGUUCAUACUGCUGGAUAUACCGAAUGAAGAUCAUGACUACCUGCUUUCCGAACACGUGAUGGCAAUGCGAGCAGGAAAACAAACUGCAUGCCGCAGUGCAGUAGUGGUUCGUGCGAGCUCUCAGAAUUCAAACAUAUCGGUCCUUGAAGCCGUUUCAGACAAGCCGUUGUCAGAAAGAUUGAAGGUCAUUCCGGGAGAAAGUUUUGACCCAAUUCCGCACCAGCUGUUGAGGAAGUAUGUUGGCUAUGCCCGUCAGUAUGUGCACCCCACGCUGUCUCCAGAGGCCGCUCAAGUCCUCCAGGAAUUCUACCUUCAGCUCCGACAACAAAGCCAAAGAGCAGACACCACACCUAUCACCACACGACAGUUGGAGUCGCUGAUACGCCUUACCGAGGCACGGUCAAGGUUAGAAUUAAAAGAAAAGGCCACCAAAGAAGAUGCUGAAGAUGUCAUAGAAAUAAUGAAAUACAGCAUGUUAGGAACUUACUCCGAUGAGUUUGGGAAGUUGGAUUUUGAUCGUUCGCAACACGGUUCCGGAAUGAGCAACAGGUCGCAAGCAAAGAGGUUUGUUUCUGCCCUUCAUCGUAUUGCAGAAAGAACCUACAACAGCCUUUUUGAGGUUCAACAGCUGCGGCAGAUUGCAAAGGAGGUAAACGUAAAAGUAGCUGACUUUGAAAACUUCAUUGGCUCUUUAAAUGAUCAGGGUUAUUUCUAAAAAGGUCCAAGGCUGUAUCAGCUUCAAACUAUGUGAAGGAAUUCAGCAACCAAAGUAACAGAUUUUUUGGAAGAGGAUCAGUAGAACAGAACACGAUACUCUUGUUAAGGCUACCAAGGCUUAAAUUCAAGAUGUUUCUAAAAAUCAGUAUUUUCUGUUACACCAGGUGGCCGAAUUACACAUAAUAUGUGCAGAAACCUACUCAAACAGAUUAUAGUAGUAAUAAUGGAGAAAAUGACUUCAGCUGCCAUUUCAAAGUCAUGUAAAUAAGUAAAACUUAAACAAUAAGUGAAACUUAUGCAUUGUUUUAAGAUGCCAUCUUCAAAAGGCACUGCAAGAGAGAAUGUUAAUCCAACAUGUUUAAUUGCAACUGCAAUGAUUAAAAAUGCUUAGCAGA